AUGCAAUCUAAUCAUAUGAGCAGUUUGAACCAAUAAAAUCACUUAUCAUCUCAGUUCUCGUUUCAAAAUACAGUCAAUCUAAGAAGCUUGGAGACUUUCAGAAAUAUCUAGAAUCAAAUUAGUAAUAAUGGAUCUUAGAUGUAGAGUUAGCGCAAUAAUAUAAAUAUAGAGGGUGAGACAGGGCAUAUUAAGUCUAAUUAAAAUCAAUUUGCCUAAAGAUAGAUAAGUACAGGAAUCGCUUAAUAAGAAAAUAUUGCACUUUAUCAAUAGCCAAAUUAACAGAUCUAGCAAAAUCAAUUGAAACAAUAAACAUAAUUUAAGCCUAAUUACAGAUUAAACAAUGGCUCAAAUGAUUUCGGCAAUACAAAGGGUUGUGCUAAUGCUAUUUCUCCAAACUUAUUUCACAAUCCAAUAACAAGUGGAUAAAAUUCCACUAAAAAUGCAUCACCAAUGCUGAAUAACACUGCUAAUUUUGCAAAUAUUUCUAAUAACCUUCAAUAAAAAUAUUCCCAAUUAUAAAGCUCAAAUAAAACUUCUCUAGAUGGUACCAGUUUGAAAUAAGGAAUGGAGAGUAACCAUUCAAUCGGCAAUAUUAACAUAGACUUGAAUCCAACCAAGCUUGGCUACAACAUGAAUGAUGGAACUUCAGGAUCAUUACAAACAGCUGAAUCUUAGGGAUAUAGAGAAAAGCUAUAAAAUCUAAAAGCUGCUCAACAGCAGAGGCUAGAUAGUAAUUCAUUAAACUCAAAAUCUUAAGGUAAUUUUAAGUCCUAAAUUUUGGCUCAAUAAACCUAGAAUACUAUUGAAAAUAGAUAAAAACUAUCAUCUCCUGUAACAAGAUCUCCUAACUCAGAUUUUUCAUCUUAAGGGUCAUAGAGAAAAUCAACUUCUAAAUUAGAUAUGAAGCUUUAUAGAGAGCAUAAGGAGAAAUAAAGGAGAUUAGAGUAGAUGUAACAAUAAAAGGCAGAACAGGAGAAAAAUUCUCUACAAAAGAAGCCUUUUAUCUCGCCUAAGUCAUAGAAGAUCGCAUAGUCACUCAAUAGAAAUUUUAUGGAUAACUAAAAUGAAUUUAUAUAGAGAAAGUAUUCUGAGUAGUUACGAGGGUAACAAAUGAAAGAUUAAUAGGAGAGAUAGGAACUAAGGGAUAGACCUCAAAUCAAUCCUCAGAGUCAGGCCAUUAAUAGAAAUUUAGGUGACCUAAUGUCAUGGUAAUAAAAGAAAGAUGCGAAGAUGAGAGAAAUGAAGAUUUAGCAUGAAAUGCAAGAGUACCAGAGAGCUAACUAAGAAUUAUCAAAAGCAACUCAUGUCACUCCAGGUAGUUAGCAAUAUCUAUAAGAUAGAUAGCAUAUUCCGAUAGAGCAAAGAUUGUUGGAAUAUGGAUAACAAUAAUAGUAAAAAAUGAAUUACCUCAGAGCAAGCAAUGAGCUUAACAUUAUGAGGCAGCAGUCUUCACCAAAAAUAAGUCAGAAUUCAGAGAAAAUAAUGGGAGAAAAGCUUAAGGAUACAGGAUACUAAAAAUACACAUAAUCCAAAUUGGGGUUAAUGACUAAAAGUCCCACUUAGAAAAAUCUUGGCUACUAGUAAGUUAAUAUGUUGAAAAAUAAGACUGAUCUAUAAAUUAGACAGAGUGCUUCAUAACAUUCAUUAAGCCCUUAAAGGAAUCAUAACUUUACUCAAAAUAAUGAAUUAGAUAUUUUGAAUUACAAACAAGACUUCAAUGCUAUUAUACAGAAAUAACCUAUGACUACGAAGAAUGGUGGACAGAAUUCUAUUCCAAGAACUAUGAAUCAGCAAAGUUAAAAAUCGCUAUUUAAAAAUGAAUUGAGAACAAGCAAUGAUUUGUUUAAUCUAUAGCAAUAAGCCUACAAAAGUUUAUAUGAAAAAACAUAGGAAAUAUCAAAUCAGCCUUUAGAAGCCUAUGACCAAUCUCUCAAUUUAAUUUAACAAAAAAUUCAAAAAAUGCCUUCGACAUAUGAAAUGAGGAAUAACCCCAAUGUUGGCUCAAAAGAAUAAAUUACAAGCUUAGACAACAAGAAUAAGAGAAUUUUAGAUAUGAUUCUCGACAAUGAAACUUAACCUAAGUAGAUUCAGUAAAUAAGCAAACAUACUUCAAACGCUUAAUCUCUAGCAUCAUCAUAAUUUGUUAAUAAUAACUGCAAUAAUCAUAUAACGAAUCUGAAUAGUCUGCAAAACACAGGUCAUUAAAGCCAAAAUCUAAUGACUUAAAAAUCUAUAAGCAAUCUUACGCCUAUUGAAAAUAAUCUAAAUUCAACAAUGCAGAGUGGGAUAAGUUUACUCUCUUCUGGUCUCUAUCAAAAUCCAAACUCUUAAAAAUAAGAUUAAAAUGAUUAUUUCACUUAUCAGCAAAUAGCAAAUAAUAGCAACAGUAGGACAAGGUAAAUGAAUUUCCAGAAAUCAUUUAACACAUCUAAUUCUGUGAAUUCAGUAACAUCAUUGAAAACUUUAUAAUAUAACAAUACUGCUCCUCAGUUAAUGCUUUAACAAAGAUAGCUUUUAUAGUAGCAACAGUAAUAAUAGGAACCUCAAGUUUAAUAGUUCAAUGGUAAAUGGAAAGAUUUGUCAGUGAUUCAAAGAAAUGAGAUUUGGAUGAAUAAUAAGAAAAGAAAAAUCGACUCAGCAAGAGAGGAAAUGAAAGACAAGGAUAUAGUUGGAUGUACAUUCGAACCCAAACUAACACAGUAUAAGCCACCUAGACCACAUUCAAGAUCAAAAAUAGGAGAUAAUUUAAAUGAUAGUAAAAAUGAGUAUAAAUCAGUAAUGAACAGAUCACAUAAUAUGAGCUAAGGGAAUAUAUCUAGGGAAAUUCCCCGAGAGCAUAACAGAUCCUCCUCAUCAUACGCUUAAAUUCAUGAAAAGAAGCAGUGCUAUAGAUCAAGAUCAUUUGACAAUCUCAAUAACUAAACAUCCGGAUAAUCUCUCCAUAAUCAAAGCAGAUACUCAAGUUAGAAAAGAUUGAAUGAAUACUCUGAUAAUAAUCAGGAUUCAGACUAAACCCCAGUAAUGGCUUAAAGAUUACUUCACGAAAUGGACUCCAAAAUCAAGAAUAUUCAUAAUAAACUACAGGACUACUAUUCUGUAAAUGACUCGGAGCCAAUCCCAUAUCAAAUGGGCCUUACCAAUGAUUUAUAAAAUGCUUAGAAUUAAGAAAAAAUGCAAUAAUUCUAUAACACUAGCCCUUUAAAUAACCAAUCAAGAGGUAUUAAUAGCAAUGAAUUAGGCCUUAACAUUAAUCUCAACAAGGAGAAUAUUACACCUAUUUAAGACAAGUAAAUAGACUUCUAAUAUAGCAGCAACGGCAAAUCAUAAAACAUUUAUCAAUAACUUGUUACUAAACAAUUAAAUUAAUAUCCUGUAAGUAAAAAUCCUCAACCUAUUAAGACUACUGGAAAUGAUAAUAGCAAUUCGAGAAAUCUAAAUUAAAGUCAUAAUUCAACAUCAGCUUCAAGAUCUAAAAACAGCAUUAGUGGAAAUAAUCAUAACUCUAGUAAUUAUGUGCCAUUGAGUCAGAGAAUAGCAAAGCACGCUAUAUAAAACAAAUUAACAGGAAAAUAAUAGGAUAGCUAAUAACUGCAAACACUAAAACCUGCAAUAAUCUAGAAUCAGCAGAGGUAAACUCUCCCUAAUUAGUAAGAAUUAUUACCUGCUGAAAAUAAUCUCUAAAAAGCUUUACCUUCAACGCAGUCAUAUUUUUAAUAAAAUCAAUUCUCUGGCUAAAUUACUCAUUCUAAUUACUAAACUCAAUAGCGUAAUCAUUAAGAGUAACAACAGCAGAUUGUUUCUUAACAGCCUAAAUUUAACUAAACUGGAUCUGAUACUAUAUUUUCGAUUGAGAGGCCAAAUCAAAAUAAUUACUAAUAUAACAAUGUUCAGCUUAAUUAAUCAGAAGGGUAUUUCAGUGAACAACAACAAUAUGAUUGUGAAAAUCCAGAUAAAUUUAAGGAAAAACUAAAUAAAGCUAAAGAAACUCUUGCUAGAAUAAGGCAAGCCACUAAGUAAUUUUGA